CGAUUUCAAAAAGGACAAAAAAAAGAAAAAAAUUCUGUCUUUACGUUUUCCCUCUAAAUUUUGUUCAAUGAUUCAAAUAUCCCAGCGUACGGACCGCCGGAUUUUAACCUUUCCGGCGGUUCACCCCUGCGAGGGAAUCUCUCCGGCGACUCUCCUCGCCUCUCUGAUCUCCCUUUGCGGCGAGAUCUGCGAUUUCCAGUGCAGACACUUCCCCACGCAGCGGAGGAACGCCAGGGAAGCCAUUCGCCAGGUGAGUCUCCUCCUCGUCUUCUUCGAGGAGGUCCGCGAUCGCUGCCAUGGCGGCUCCAGCCUCUCCGACUCGGCGGUGCUCUGCUUCUCCGAGCUCCACGUCGCUUUACAAAAGCUUCGGUUCCUGCUCGAGGACUGCGCGCGCGAUGGCUCUCGGCUGUGGAUUCUCACCAGGUGCAGCUUCGUCGCGGCGCAAUUUAGGGUUUUGAUACGAGCGAUCGCGACGGCUCUCGAUGUUCUUCCCUUGAGGUCGAUCGAUGUCGGAGGCGAAGUGAGGGAGUUGGUUGAAUUGGUGGCGAGGCAGGCGAGGAAGGCGAAGUUCGAGCUCGAUGGAGACGACGAGCGAUGCGCGGACCAAGUGCUCGCCAUAAUUUCUAGGUUAGAGAAAGGAAUUGAACCCGAAUUGAAUUCUCUGAAGAGAAUUUUGGAUUACCUUGAGAUCGGAACUUGGAGUGAUUGCAACAAGGACGUUAAAUUCUUGGAAGUGGAGAUCGAUUUCCAGUGCUCGGAUUGCAACGAGAGGGAGGUUCCGUUCCUGAGCGGAUUGCUUGGAUUGAUGAGCUACUGCCGAGGAGUGAUCUUCGAAGAAUUCGAUUGUCGAAAUUCGGCGCAAGUCGAAUUCUCGAGGUGUAGUGUGGAGGCGCUUAGUUGCUUGAAUCUAGAGGAUUUUCGGUGCCCGAUUUCGCUCGAGCUAAUGACGGAUCCGGUGACCGUAUCCACCGGCCAGACUUACGAUCGGUCUUCGAUCCAAAAAUGGCUCAAAGCAGGGAAUUCAAUCUGUCCAAAAACAGGGGAGAAGUUGAUAAACAAAGAAUUAGUACCUAAUUCCGCUCUCCGGAAGCUUAUACACCAAUUCUGCGAAGACAGCGGCAUUUCGCUAUCGAAAUCAGGACGGCAGAGCCGCGACGUGACGCGGACGAUGGUCCCGGGAAGUCUGGCCGCCGCGGAAGCCAUGAAAUUCCUGUCGACAUUUCUGGUCCGGAAGCUCGUUUUCGGUACUAAUGAACAGAGAAACAAGGCUGCGUACGAAAUUCGGUUGCUUGCAAAAUCGAACAUCUUCAACCGGUCUUGCUUCAUCGAUGCAGGCGCGGUUCUGCCUUUGCUGAACCUUCUUUCCGCUCCGAUGACACAGGAGAACGCCGCCGCGGCGUUGCUGAAGCUCUCGAAACACGGCAAUGGCAGGAUAUUGAUCGUCGAGAGCGGCGGUUUGGAGCCUAUUCUUGACGUUCUCAAAAACGGACUUUCCUUGGAAGCCAAGCAAAUAUCCGCAGCUAUAAUUUUCUACCUCUCGGCGGUAAAGGAGUACCAGAAACUUAUCGGGGAGACGCCAGAUUUGAUCCCGGCGCUCAUCAGGCUUAUCAGGGACGGCACAAGUUGCGGGAAAAAGAACGCGGUGGUUGCGAUUUUCGGGCUCUUGUUCUUCCCCAACAACCAGCAAAGAGUGAUUGAAGCUGGAACUAUUCCGUUACUAAUUGACAUACUAAAUCAUUCAGACAAAACUGAACUCAUAACAGACACACUAGCUGUUCUAGUUAACUUAGCCGAGAAUUCCGACGGCGCGAAUUUGAUUUUUCGAACCCCGGCUCUCAAUCUAAUCAAGAACAUUUUGCAGUCCUCGAAUUCGCGGGCCGCGAAAGAGUACUGCGUUUCGAUCUUGUUGUCUCUGUGCAACAAUGGCGGUGUUCAAGUUGUUGGAGUUUUAGCAAAUGACCCGUCAGUUAUGGCUCUUCUCUACUCUGUUAUAACAGAUGGAACAUCUCUUGCAGGCAAGAAAUCCCGUUCUCUGAUCAAAAUUCUUCAUAAAUACCGCGAAACGAGCUCUUCCGGAUUGACUGGUACGGCAGUUUCCCAUGAACAAUCUGUUCACGCAUGGUGAAAACUUUUCCAAAAAAUUUCUCCUUUUUUUCCUUGUAUAUAUAUACAUACACGUAUACGUUUUUGGGGUGUGUAUUCUUAUUACGGAUUGUUUUAGGAUUAGGAUGUUAUGUAAAAUAUUAGCUCGGUUUUUUCAAGAGCUAAUAUUGCUGUCAUUAGGAUUAGGAUACGAUUCUAUACUUCAAUUUUGAUUCUUUUGUAAUGAUAAAUAAGAUUUUUUUUUUUUUUUUUAAAGAUGUGGAUAAAUAUUGUAAAAGUAACUCAUGGGCAAAAGUUAACUUUGUCAUUCUCAUUGUGAAAGUUGUAGUUUAGAGUACAUUGAAAACUCUCAACUUUUAAUUUUUGCGAUGAAUUAUCAUGUGUAAUGUGGUGGCUGGCUGUUCAGACGAAAGCUUUUCAUGGCAAAGCUAGAGCUCAAUUUCUAUCAGAAAU